UAUAAAAUGACGGAAACUGGUGAGGAGUCUGCUGCUAGUGGAAAAUCAGCUGCUGGAUUCACUGAUUAUGAUUUACUCUGCAAAGGUGAUGUAAAAGGAUAUUCAUAUAAUCUUGCAAAACUGUUUGAUGAUAUACCAUGUGGGAAAAGUGAACAUAAGCAUCCUAUAGAAUUUGACAUGGCUUUUAAAAGAUCGAAACGUAAAAUCAAUGAAACAAUAAAGGAAAUACAAAUACAAUCAGAGAGAAAAGUUAUCAAAUUUACUAUUGGAAAAACUUACGCAAGGACCAGAAAAUCUGGAAAAUUUGACCCUAUGAGACCAAGCUCUUGGCUACUCGAUAGUGGCAUCAAUGGACGAUGGAAGAACGAAUAUGAAAAACAAGGUUACGAUGGACUAGUCGUGAUUGGCUGUAUAGUUCUCGAUUUAAUUCCUGAAAAAGUUCAUCAAAACAUUUCCUGGAUUGACCAAGAAAAAUAUGCAUUAGGACUAGAGCAAGCACUUAUUCAGUACUAUACAUUACACAAGCAAGACGCAAGGCUUGGAAAUAAAUCAUUCAAUACGGGAGGUGAUGUGCAGAAUACACCAAAAAGUGGUAUCAUAUACAUGGCAUACAAACUUGAGAACCCUAAAAUAGAGGAAGAAGAAAACCAGGAUGAGAGCACAGACGAAAGUAAUUUGACUGAAGCUUCUGAAACUCUGAAGACAUUGUUGUAUAAAAAAAGAAAACUGAUUCUUCGGCGAGAAUAUUCUAAUUGCAACGAUUCAUUAUAUCGUGCUUGCAGUGAUCAGUUAGAACGACGCGAGUUUAGAUUGAACCACAACAUAACACCCGAGAGCCUCAAACAAGCAGUUUUAGACCAAUUAAAGUUAGAUACGGUAGUAGACUUAACCCAUGAAAAAGCAAAUGCUUUAGUUGGAGAUAUCGAACACAGAAGGUUCGUCAAAAGUGAUAUCCCUGUAGAUAUAUUGUCAGAGCACAUGAAAAGGAAAAUUAUUGUCUAUACUAGAUCGGAUGAUAUUGAAGAGAGAACAUAUGACAGUAAAAGUAGACGAAGUCCACCACUACUCCUGGCAAAAGAAGGUUCAUACUUUUAUAGUCUUGGAGAAAGUAAUGACGAAGAUACUUCAGAACCUAAUAGGUCUUCAAUCAAAAGAAAAUCUGCUAGUAGUAUCAUACCACACGAAAAUGAUGCAAUGACAUCAAAAGAAAUGGAAAGAAUGGGACAAUUGAAUCAGGAAUCAAAACGAAAGAGACAAUCCUGGGCAACCGACGUGGCUAACCAUCCAAGUUACUCUGACCAAAGUGGUACACAAAACACAAGUAAAUCAACUAUUGAAUCAGCGGAUAGUGAGUGCCACAUAAAUGAGUCUAGUAUUCAGCUUGAUGAGGCAUCUUCCGGUAUAUGCAGCGAGGAAUUUGACCAAUUGUUACCGUUAGUCGUCACUCUCCACAGCAUUCAGAUGAACACAGAAGCACCCCCUAUUGCCAUAUUUGUGGUAAGAAACUCGAAACCCAUUUGGUUAUGGGUGGAAAUAGAUCCAGUUAUCAAAACGGAUGACAGAUACAAUGCUGCUUUUAUAAGACAAGCUACUGCUGCAUGUCAUGCAGACGUCUCCAUUAUGUCACAAACUAGAAUACCAAUCGAUGGCGACUUUGAUAAAAUACAGCGAGAAUGUGCAAAAACCCUUAGCAUCCCCCCUGACUUUAUAACCAGAAUUGACAAAAUCCCUCCACCAGUACCCCGAAGAAAACAGUGACCAAACUAAAAAAACAAAUUUACAUAGCUCCAAUAAAAGUAGAAACACAACCAGUAAAUCAAACAAGCCAUAAACCUCUAUACAAUCCAAACGUUCCGCCACUGCAAAACCAGAACUCUCUACUCACUAUUAAGCCAACCAGCCCGAUGAUUACCAACCAGUCAUCCAAACCAUCAUCAACAAACAAACAAAUCUCCCAUACAGACAGAGCAAAUACUUGACUAAAAAAACACAAACCAGUCAGUCAUCUAGUUAUCUCAACGUGAAGCACAAACAUCCACUUAAAAACUGUCAAUGAAGGAGGAAACAUCCAGUCGGUAAAAGUCCGAAAAAUCUUAAAGCCUAUGUGUCAUACCAGAAGGACUUGCAAGUGUACCAUAAUUUAGAGACCAUCUUGUGCAACAUAUUCUGAAUGGUCAACAAGGGAUUGAAAAAACAUUAAAACUGAUUGUGAAAUAUUGGCCUUGGAAUUUGACGAUUCCUCGAAAAACAUGCUACAGAAAACUUUAAAAACAUGAAUAGAGUUGACUUCUUAGUCAAAUACAAAAUUGAUAGAACUUUUAUUUUACUAGGGAAUCCAUUUUGUUUCUGCCUGUAUAUAGUAUGCCGACUUUCUGACUUCGUGUAUAAGAUUCAGCAGAAUUUCUUUUUUCAUGAGAGAUUGUAAUAUAGCUAGACAUUUACUCUUCUUUAACAAACUACAAAUUAACACGAAAACAACAACAUUGUACAAAUGAACUGUAACUGAAAAAACAACCUACAAUGGAAAAUAUUAGUAGCUAUAGUAAUAUUAACAUAUACUGCUCAUAUUAUGACAUGUACAGCUUUUACUGUUUUUCUAUUUUGUUUUGCAAGUGCCCAUUCCACUUGUUGACCAAACUCGUUCCACUUUAUAAGAUAUGUCCAAAGAUUGUAAGGUGUCUAGUACAAAUAUUCAUAUGAAAUAUUGAUUCAACCAAUCAUAAGUCAAGAAAGUGGUUGAAACAUUUUUUUAUGACAUUUCAUAGUUCUCAAUUAUGGUUCUCCGUAUCCUGUAAAGAGCCAUUUAACUGGUCACGUGACCGUUAGAGGAAAUAAAGUUUAGUUUUUUGCAAUUAAAUAGUUUAUAGUUAUAAAGUAAUAUUCCAGAAAAACGAACCAAGUUCUUGUUUUUUAAAUAAUUUAAUUAAACUCGGACAAUUAAAAAAAGGAAAGUCAAGAGUAAUUUUAUUUAUAAUCAUUUUUACUGCUUGAAUAUAAAAUGAAUAUUCGUGUCGUCUGCUACACCUACUCACUGCUAAAACUUUGAAAUAUUUCUAGAAAUUUGAUUUUCUGCCUAUUUCUUUAAUGUUUAAUUAAAAAAAAAGGCCUUUCUACUUGAAAAUAAAUAAACAGGAAUUUUUGCGUAUAUUUUAUUUUAUUUUCUUAAUGUCUCGUUUUAUCAGGUUAGGAACCUCGUUUUACCUGAUAAAAUUUUCGUUGGUCAUUAGGAAUUCAAUACCAGAUUUCUAAUAUUUUAAUAGUUUUUAAGAAGUGCAAAAGUGUUAAAAUAAUGGCGGAUAACUUACAUUAGGUCAAGUCUAAGAAUCUGCUUAACCCGACCACGAAUAUACAUUAUCAGGUUUACUAUCCCAACCUUAUUUUGUUUCUUAACACAAAAACACUACUGCAGUUACAGAAUAAGCAAACAAUUUAAUUUAAGUAAAUUAAGGAUACUAGAAAUUAUAUUAUUUUAAGAAAAGUUAAGUAGAGGCAGUUAUCCCUCAUAUAAGUGAGUGACUUAAUAUUUCUCGGAAGUUGAAAAAAUUCUAUGAAUAUAAUAUUGAAUAGACGUCAGAAUUUAUAUAUAUAUAUGUGUAAAAAAAUAUUUUAUACAUUUACAAUUUGUGUUUGAAAUGUCAACAAGAACUAUAGAUGUACAUCACUUGCUAUCCAUUUGUCUUCGACAAUUAUUUGGCCAGUUGCAGUGGUCUGUUUUAAUAUGUGUGUCCUUUAUGGAAUUUGGCGAUGUUUCGUUAACAAAACUACACUUCACGUUUAGCUCGUCUUUAUGUUUUAAUUGAAUUUAUAUGAUCAACUAGAAAUACUGCUUAAAUAAAUACCCCCCCCCCCCCAA